GUGGUUUUGUGUGAAAGUCACGGGUUCCUGUGAAGGGGGUUUCCUGCCACGAACCACCAAACAAAAAUAAAAUCAUAACAUUUAAGGUGCUCCAAAAAAAAUUUUGGGACCAAAUCCUUGAGGUCGUGUUGCGACCACGUGAUAUGAAAGCAGCAAAGAGAGUUUUCCACGGCACGCAAAGGUCAGUGAAGGCUCUCGACGUGGGGUCGGUGUUGUGCGCAUGCGCAGAAGCGAGAUGCCAUAUUGGACCGGGGGCAGCAGCGGGAGCGGAGCGACGUGCUGAGUGUGCCGAGGCGGCGGGGGGUUCCGGGCGGAAGUAGCCUCCUCAAAAGGGGAAGAAAAAAAAAAACUUGGCCAGCGUCGUCAAGCACUUGAAGUGGAAUUGUGAGGAAGAAUCAUCGUCAGCCGCAGCCAAUGUUGGAUUUGUUGAAGGUCCACUUGUGUGGGUGUUUCAGAGGAAGCGUGAGAUGCGUUGACAAGUUGUGAGGUUGCAAAGAUGCAGUCACUGGCCCAGGAUCAGGUGAAGGCGCCCGCCUGCCCGACCAACGGCAAAGAGGAAGCGAUCAACUCGGAACCGGAGCCCAUGGAAGAGCAGGAGGAGGCGGAGUUUAACUGGCAGGAGUACAUGGAGGAGAUGGGCGCCACCGCCGCCCCGCACACCGCCUUCAAGCACGUGGAGCUGAGCCUGCAGAGCAGCUUCCAGCCGGGCAUGAAGCUGGAGGUUGCCACCAAGGCCGCGCCCGACACGUACUGGGUGGCCUCCAUCGUGGCCACGUGCGGUCAGCUGCUGCUGCUGCGCUUCAGCGGCUACGGCGACGACCGCAGGGCCGACUUCUGGUGCGACGUCAUGACGGCCGAGCUGCACCCGGUGGGGUGGUGCGCCCAAAACCGCAAGACCCUCAUGCCCCCUCAAGAUAAGCUGAGAAAAGCUAUCAAGGAGAAACACGGCGACUGGACAGAGUUUCUGGUUGGCGACCUGACCGGCUCCAGGACGGCGCCCGCCAACCUGCUGGAGGGGCCACUACGAGGGAAGAACACGGUGGACUUGAUCGUCCAAGGGUCGGUCCUGGAGUUGCGGGAUGCAUCGGUCCCUUCCCUGUACUGGCCGGCGCGCGUCCUCCACAACGUGGGCGGCCGGCUGCGUCUCCGCCUCGCCGGCCUCUCUGAUGAGCGCCCGGCUCGGGACGUGUGGCUCUUCUACCUGGACGUGAGGCUGCGGCCCUUCGGGUGGGCGCAGGAGAACCACAUGGCCUUGGAGCCGCCCACAGAAUUCCGGACCCUGAAGAGCGCGGCCGACUGGCAGCAAGCUCUGGAGGACGCCCGGCGGGACGGGCGGAUGAGUGCCGUGCCGCUCGAGGUGUUCAAGGACCACGCCGACCUGCCUGCGCACGCCUUCAAGGUGGACAUGAAGCUUGAGAUGGUUUCUCUGUGGGAGCGCCUGCAAAUCUGCCCCGUUUCUGUCACCGAGGUUUUCAACGAGAACUACUUCCAAGUCACAGCGGACGACCUGGCAGCCGACACCGAGCCGCGUUCGGUGUUGUGCCAUGCCAACUCUCCGGGCAUCGUGCCCAUCCAGUGGUGCCUGAAGAACGGCGUCGGUCUUGACAGGCCGCGCGGCUACCGGGCUCAGGACUUCGACUGGGCCGACUACCUCAAGCAGGCCGGCACCGAAGCCGCCCCCGACGCCUGCUUCUCCGACACGUGGCAGACGCGGGCAUUCGCCAAGGACACGUGGCUGGAGACGGUGCACCCCGAGCGACCGGCGGAGAUUUGCGUGGCCCAGAUUACUCAAGUCCGAGGACGCCUGUUGUGGCUGCGACUGGAAGGUGUGGCCAAGCAGUUUUGUGAGACCAUCGUGGACGUGGAGUCCAUGGACAUCUUUCCUGUGGGCUGGUGCGAGGCCAACGCUUACCCUCUGAACCCGCCGCUCAAACCCGCCUGUGGCAAACAGCGGAAGAUUGCAGUGGUCCAGCCGGAGAAACAAUUGGCGCCAUCCCACCCGGUGGAGCCGCCUCCCGCCAAUCAUGGCCAGCCUGCCCCCAACGACGCGGCCAAUGGACGCUACUGCUGCUCCAAGGUGUUUGUCAACCACCGCUGCUUCUCAGGACCGUACCUCAACAAGGGACGCAUCGCCGAGCUGCCGCAGGCGGUCGGGCCCGGAAAAUGCACUCUGGUUCUCAAAGAGCUCCUCAGCAUGCUCAUCAACGCCGCCUACAAGCCCGGGCGUGUCCUCAAGGAGCUGCAGGAGCUGGAGGAUCCCAGCUGGGACUGCCAGGAGGAGACCUUGAAAGCCAAAUAUAAAGGGAAAACGUACCGCUCCAGCAUCAGAAUCGUCCGCCUGGCCGAGCUCAUCCCGGACUUCUGCCGCAAAGUGUGCAUCAAGCUGCAGUGCUGCCCCAACCUCGUCGGCCCCACGCUCGUACCCGAAAAGUGCCCGGAGAGCUGCUUUGUUCAGACCAAAACCAAAUAUACUUAUUAUUACGGGAAGAAGAGGAAGCUGUCCAAGCCGCCUGGAGGCGAGGACGCAACAGCAGGCGGAGAGCCGCUCAAACCGAAGCGCAAGAAGAGGAAGAGCAUCUUUGUGCAGAAGAAGCGGCGUUCGUCAGCGGUGGACUACACUCCCGCAGGCUCAGCUCAGGAAAGCGAGGGAGAGGUCGAGGACGGCGCGUCGCGGUCGGGCAGCGAGGGCACCAGCUCGGAACCCCGCGACGACCUGACCGACGCGUCCUCUGUGGAGACGAUCGGCAGCCGCCCGCGCCGCACCACGCCGCUCCGCAGGGCCGAGUCCGCGGGCGACAAUAACGCCGCUGGCGGCCAGGAGGCGCCGGAGGGCCGGCGGAGAUCUACGCGUCAGAUCCUCAGCAAGUUCCAAGCACCCAAAGAAGAAGACACGCAGGAGGAGGAGGAGGAGCCCCUGGUUCUGGACAAAAACCCACUGGAGUGGAGUGUACAGGAAGUGGUCCGGUUCAUCAACUCCACCGACUGCGCGUCGCUCGCGAACAUCUUCCAGGAGCAGGACAUCGACGGCCAGGCCAUGCUGCUGCUGACGCUGCCCACCGUGCAGGAGUGCAUGGACCUGAAGCUCGGGCCCGCCAUCAAGCUGUGCCACCACAUCGAGCGCGUCAAGGUGGCUUUCUACAGACAGUACGCCAACUGAGCCCAGACCAUUUUGCCCUUUCGGGAACUCUAUCCAAAGCUGUGAGAGAAGCAUGGAAGACAUGCUAGUGAAUCACAAAAUAUGUGGAAGCUGAGUGCUGAAAAUGCAACUCCAGCAGACUGUUUUUUGUUUAUAAAAUACAUUUUCAUUUAGCGCGAGAGGAGCACUUGGAUGUUUAAUUUAAACACAACAGCUCAAUAAUUAAUAUAUUUGGACUAUUUAUUGCCAUGCUCACUUUGAGGUGCAACUGCUUUAUUUGCUUUUACCCCAAAAGCUCUUGAAAUUUAUUCCACAAACUUUGCACAUUAAAAAGUGUUGCUCCUCUCGCUCUCUGUGUGAACUCCAACCAACCGACUGCAGUUUUUUUUUGUUCAUCUAUUCAAAUGUCUUGUUUGCUGAUAUUUUGAUAAAGCAAGAAAAUAAAUUUCUAUUCAUUUGUA